AUGAAGUACAGGACGGUGGUGAUGUACAUGGAGAUCGGCUGCUUCGUGUCCUGCCUGUGCGGGUGGAUCUUGGUGUGUUCCACUCUUCCCACAGAGUACUGGACCUUCUCAGAGGUGGGGAGCAUCGUGCUGACCACCUCCAACUACUACUCCAAUCUGUGGAGGGACUGCAUCUCUGACACCACGGGGGUCUCCGACUGCAAGGAUUACCCCUCCAUGCUGGCCCUGCCUGGUAGGAAACUCUGAAAACUUUAUUUACUGAGCUCAGAGUGUGAACUGUAGAAAUUAAGGGACUGUGUGUAAAGUAUUUCGAUGGUGAUAUAGUAUUAGAUCUCCCACUGAAAGAAUACUCUCAAGUGCUGUCUGAUUAGGCUUAAAUUACAGCUUCUGUGAGGAGUUUUUUGACAUGUAUAAAAAAGACUAAAACUCAUUUAGAGGCUUUUUUAUGAGCCAUAGACGUAAACAAGAUUGAUCAUUCUUAUGUCAUAAUUUUCUGUUCAAAUCGGAGUGAAGGGGUAGCUGUCAGCUGAGUGGCCACAGAAAAGGCCCUGUUUCUACAAUUUUCACCUAAAUUAACAAUGAAUUAUACAUUUCACUGUCAUGAGGCAGCAGGGUGAGAUAUUUUUAUGAAAUGUCACUUCUAAAGCAUGUGAAAUAGAAGAUAAGCAGAGACUGCUUUGUCCACAGAGGGGCACCAAAUUCACAAAAACCAAAAGUUCCCAACAGGAGCUUUAGGUUCUUGAUAAAACAGCAAGAGAGUGUUUGACCAGGCAACGCUAGGGAUCGAACUUAUGACGGUCCCUAAUCGCACAAAAAUAGAGGAUUUUUUUUGAGUGAGCCUUGAAAGAGAACAAGAAUAAUAAAAUAAAGGUGUUGCUUCUUUUUAGGAACUUGAUUUGUAAAUUUUCACGCGAGGAAACUGGAAAAAUAGGGAACAGUUUUUUAGAAAAAAGUUAAAACAUGCACACAGUCCCUUAACAUUUUUGGCUCAAGUUCUAGUUUUACUGAAACAAACACUCUUUAUCCUCAAGUCAAAUCUGUGAAUAAAGCAGGGUUGAAUCUGAAACUCUCAUUUUGUUGAUGUUAAGUUUUUUUGGCUUCAUUUAAGCUCCUCUUUUAUUUUUCUAAGCGUUCCUCCAUGCCUGCAGAGCGCUCGCUGUCUGCGCAGUCAUCACUGGCUUCUUUGGUGGUGUCCUCACGCUUGUAGGGAUGAAAUGCACCAAAAUAGGUGGAUCAGAGGUCGCCAAUGCAAGGGUGACCUUUGCAGGCGGUCUGACCUACCUGGUUUCAGGUAAAAACAAAUCAUGUUAAAAUCUUUAAGAGAUUAUUGUGGAUUGAGGGUGUUCAACUUUGAGUCUGUUUUCAGGAUUCUGUGGAAUGAUCACGUACUCCUGGUGGGCAAACAAAGUCAUUACAGAAUUUUUGGAUCCAAACUUCAGGGCACAGAAGUGAGUAUCUUUUUAAAAAGCUAUAAAAAUAUUAGUAAAUAGUAAAUAUAUAUAGUAAAUAUAUAAGUCCCUGAUGUGAAGAAAUGGACGAAGUCAAACAAACACUCAUGAAAUACUUCAAUAUUUACGGCUAGAUUUGAAAUUGGAGCUGCAGUUUUUGUUGGCUGGGGAGGCUCCAUACUUCUCCUGUCUGGAGGAACUGUGCUGACUUACUUCUCAGGAAAAGAAGGUCUACCAACAAGGUAAAGUAUGAUGGCCCUGAUGGUCAAAAGGGCAAACAUAAAAAUAAUACAGAGAAAAAAAAUAUUUUACUAAAGAUCAGAGGAAUUUAACUAUAUAAUUUUUAAUUUUUUCUUAAUUAUUACAUUUAUUUAAGUUCUUAAUAUUAGGAUCUUUAUUUUUAUAACUGCAUUUUUGCACUCUUUGUCUGUGAUGCUGCUAUCAAUAAAGGAAUAUUCUAUUCUAUUCUAUAUAAAGAGUGUUACAACCAUAGACUGUAUAUACUAUGGACAACUUGGUUCCGCCUUCCAUUUUUUUUUACAAAUGUUUUUGUAUGUGAUGAAAUGUUUCUGGUAACUUGUGACAUAUCCUUUGUGUUUCAUGAAAUAGUUAUCAUAUAAUGUACCAAUUCACCUGUAUCAACAGUUCUACAUCAAUGCCCCGAAGACCGCGCACAUAUGCCACCGCCCGGACCAGACGGACAUACAUGCUUCCAGCCUCAUCCUCCAGAGUGACCCUGGUGCCCCCGCUGUUCUAUGAAGGCCGGAAAAGCCAAGCAACGAGGGCGACAACGAAGACUGGUCGCACUUUCAGCAGGGACAGCUUUGUCUAG